AAAAUUUCAAUUUUCAAAUGAAGAAAUUGAUGAUUUAUUUCAGUAAACAAUAAAUAUAAGUGCAAAUGGCUACGUGGAUUUCAGAAACAUGCCAUGAAAAAUAAAGACCAUUAAGCAUAGAACAGCGCAGCUUAGGAACAGGCCCUAUGGUGCCCAAUGUAUGUGUCGAACAUGAUGCCAAGUUGAACUAUUUUCCUCUGCCUGUGUGUGAUCAAAAUCCCAACAUGCCCUGCAUAUACAUGUAUGUGCCUAUUCAAAAGCCUCGUAUUGUACCAUAUAAAGCUGAAGGAAGUUUUAGAAAGGUGUAAGAAAACCAUUUCAGUUUAAUUUUGCACAUGAAAACUUACAAAGCAGCAAAUAUUUAAAAAUGGAUGUAGAGAUGUCAAAAAUCUGAAAUGUUUUGCAGAAUGGAAAAAGCUUUAAAGCUGAUUACAGACAAACUGAUAACAAACUGAUAACAGUAUCCUUCAUAACAUUUGACACAAUUAUUGGCCGGUUAUUAUUUGCCAGCCUUCUGAAUGAAAGCUUAAUUAUUAAUGAACUCCGGCACUUGUGUCUUCAUAUAUGUGACAAAUAUUCCUCUCUGAACCCAAUUUUCCCGCCUUCUGCCCGUCACCUUUGAAACCAUUGAUGACUUCUGAUGUUUUAGACGAUGUGCAUGGUGACCAGGAUCAACCUGUGAUCACCCCAUGCACUAACACUACCCUUCACACGAGGGAUAAUUUUACAAUUUACCGAAGCGAAUUAAAACCUACAAAUCCUGCAAGUUUGGUUUCGUUGAGGUACAGUGAAAAGCUUUUGUUGCGUGCUAACCAGUCAGCGGAAAGACAAUGCAUGAUUACAAUCGAGCCAUCAUCCUACAUGAUAAAGGUACAUCUCGUGCAAAGAUAUGGCAUUGAAGUCUGAUAAAGUCUGAUUAAAGAUAGACACAUCUCUGGAGAAAAGGAAUAGAUUACGUUUCGGGUCGAGGCCCUUCUUCAGACCGACCCGAAACGACACCAAGAAGGGUCUCGACCCGAAACGACACCCAUUCCUUCUCUCCAGAGUUGCUGCUUGUCCCGCUGAGUUACUCCAACAUUGUGUGUGUAUCUUCGGUUUAAACCAGCAUCUGCAGUCCCUUCACACAAAGUCUGAUUAAAGAUAGUUCCAGGGUAGAUGGGAGGUCAGGACCACACUCUAGAUGCUGGAACUGCAGGUGCUGGAAUCUUGAGCAAAAUACGAAGUGCCGGAGGAACUCGGUGGAUCAGGCAGCAACAGGGGUGGGGGUGGACAGGCGAUGUUUCGGGUCGAGGCCCUUGUUCAGACUGUGGAGUGCACAGAGAGUAGCGGGCUGGAUGGGCGCUGUGGGAUGAACCCUCCUCCCGCCCCAACAUUAGUUGUCCCACCUUUAUCACUCGAGCGGGUUUGACAGUUGCUGACUGCGGUCGCAGCUGCAGGGUGAAGCCGGGCGCUGAGAACAAACCGCAGCCAUCUGAUUGAGCCGUGGGCCGCUCCCCGCCUCUGUGCCUCUCCGCGCCGGCAGCGCUCAGCCAUGGCCGGGCUGCCAAUGCUGCUUCUACACCUGACCAUGCUCUCGGCAGUUUCCAGUGAUUCGGUGAAACAGCUGCCGCAGAUUCUCACCGUCGACGCGGGAGAGAAGGCGGUCUUUUACUGCACCUUCCCCUUCGUGCGGGUCAACUCCGGGCUCCAGGUUCGCUGGUGGAAGGGCGGCGAGCGCUCCUAUCUGGAGGCCAGCAGUGGCCAGAGGCACAGUUUUGAAAUUCGGAAUAAAGUCAGCGCGGCCUUCCGCCUGCAUGAUGUGCGGGUCACCGACUCCGGCCGCUAUUACUGCAGUGUCCAAUAUAAAAACAAAGUGCAGAACGGGACCGGCACGGAGCUCUUGGUAACCGUUUCCGACAACCCACCGCAGAUUACCUCCACCCUGGUUAGAAAAGGCUCCUCCGUUUUCCUGCGCCUCCUCUGUACAGCUGCGAAAUCGCGGUCUCGGGAGCUGGACAUCAAGUGGAUUGUGAACGGUUCCGAGGUGGACAACAGCGCCGAGCUCCAUGUCCAGCCGUGGCCAGGAGACCUCUUCCAGGUCUCCAGCUCUUUGGAGGAGGAGCACCCAGCUCGGAACGGGACGGUCUACACCUGCCGGGUCUCCUAUCCCGACAAGCGGGUGCAAAACCAGGUUUACGUUUACAAAUCUGACGCUGAAGAGGCAGAAUCAGCAGUUGUUUCCUGGUGGAUCUACAUCUGUUUAGGGAGUGGAGCCCUACUUCUGACCCUGCUUGUUACAGCCAUAUGUUGUGUAUGCAAACGCAAAAGAAGAAACGAUGAGUACAGAAAUGUUCGGGAAGAAAGGACACCACCUAAUCACAGGAUGGCUCCCAUGACUGUGGAUUCAAGGUAUCUCAAGAAAGGCAUAAAGCCCAACCAGAUGAACAGGAAAACAAGAUGUCCCCAUGUCCCACCAAGAGGCCAGCGGGAGUUUAGCAAAGUUAUUUAUGCUACACCACAGCACCGAAAGUGAUAAGACUGAGGGAUGAGAACUCUGUCCAGCCAAACCCAGGAAUAUUAGAACACGUGCAACAAGAAGGUUCAUCUCCAUUCUUAGAUGUGUUUGACUUAAAGUUCAGAUUAUGUAUUAAGAACACUUUUUUAAUAGGUUCAGUCUUGCAUCAUAUGUUUUCUUCUUCUCAUUGUAUGUGUAAGCAUGUGUUAAAAGUAUGACAUUAGAUGACGGCACCUGUCGUUCAAAACUAUAGUUUUUUUGGUACUUGGCAAAACUCUGCAAAUUUCUUCAUGCUGCAAAAGAAGCUUCAGGCCAAUUAUGGGAUGAAAUUCCUAGGAAAGUAAAUAUGCAUUGGUCAUAAAUUAUGAGAUAUAAAUAUCCAGACCCCAUCUCAAUUUCAUCCAAGUGGGAGAUAAAGAUAGAAGAGGCAUAAACUGUGAAGCUGGAGGAGGGAUAUAGGUGGAAAAGGAGAAAUGGGCAUGUAUUCAGGUGGGGCACAGUGAAGAGAGCGGGG